AUGACGAUUGAUAAUUACUUCAAGUUAACUUGUAAACUAUUCCAUAACUUUAUUGAAGAUCAAUAUUGUACAUCUUCAAAUCAAUAUCAACAUGUAACUAUUCAUGAUACUCCAACUUCAUAUCAACAACAAGUUUAUUUAUUAACCGAUACUGACAAAAUCUUAUUAUUUACAUUCAAUAUCACUCCAAUCGAAGGUCAAGGACGAUUGAAUUUAAUCAAUAUCAUUAAAAAAGUGAAUGAAGGUGAAGGUAUUGAAUCAAAUAGUGUGGAGAAUAUACUUAUAGAUUGGUCUAAAGAUGCGUUAACUUUCCCUAUUGAUGAAUUAAAUUUAUCUCAAGAUUUAUUAAACUCAUUCAAUUUAAAAUUAAGACCUCAUAUUUCAAAUGAAAGAUAUAAAAAUAUCAUUGAUCAAUAUUCUAAUAAAAAUGCUAAUUCUGAUUCAAAUGUUUUACAUCAUCAAUUAUCAAGAUCUCCUCAAAAUCAACCCGAUGAGUUCCUUCCUGCAUCAAUCCCACCUAUGCCUUCUCUUUCACUUUCAUCAGUGGAAGCUCCAGCAGCAUCAUCAUCUAGUCGUCCAUCUGAUAUGCCUGGUUUUGAUGAUGAAUAUGAAGUUAAUGUUCCUUCUAGACAACCACCUACCAAUGCUUUCCCAUCUAUUGGGGAUAGAGAUCUUAAUCCACCAGGUUUACCCCGUCAUCCUGAUUUAAACCCCUAUUUAGAUCCAUUAAGAGUGGGAGGAUCAUCAAAUAAUCCGGGUGAAGGUGGUAUGCAUCCUACGGCAAAUCAUCCUCUUUUUGGAGGACCACCAGGAUCAGGGAAUACCUCAAGAUUAGGAGUUCCACCAGGAGCAAGAUUUGAUGAUCCAUAUGGUGAAGAUAAUUUAGAUGCGUUAGGAAGUGGAUUACCUGGUAAUUUAAGAUUAGGUUCAAAUCAUAGCAGUGGAGGAUCUGGAUUUCCUGGAUUUGGAGGUCCAAGUGGUGGAGGAGGAUUUCAGUUUUAG